AUGAAACAAUAUAAAGAAAAAAAAAAUCCUAGGGAUUUUACUUUUACUCCAGAAACUCCAUGCAAGUUGGUUGACUUUCUUGGUGGUGUCAAUUACACGCCUUCUCAAGAUAAUAAUGAAAUUUUCACUCGUUCC